CCCCUACCUCUAGACUGGAGAGACUAGCGCUCGUGCUAUAUAACCCCUCGCACCCAGGCCAAAUCCGUCCAGAGCUUGGCGCAUCGUCAGCACACUAGCUUAGCCACUGCACUAGUGGAGGACGAGGAGGAAGAGCAGAAGCAAGCGCACGCCGCUUCUCCCACGCGCACGAGGCUAGCCGCACGUGUGAAGCAGGAGGGUUUUGGUCGCGCGCGUUAGAUGGCACGUACGCGUUGACAUGUACAGCCCGGAGCAGCAGCCGCCGCCACCGCAGCACAUGGCGCCGCCGCGGAUGUCCUUCUCCAGCGACUUCGCGCUGGAGCAGCCGCCGCCGCCGCGCCCGCCGGGCCGCGCGGACGCCGACUUCGAGUUCUCGCCGGUGGGCAGCCGGCCCAUGAUGGCCGCGGACCAGCUCUUCUCCAAGGGCCGCAUCCUGCCGCUGCGGGAGGCGGCGCGCGGGGCCGGGUCCCCGACGACCCUGCGCGACGAGCUGCGCGCGCACGCCGCCGACGACCGCGGCGCCGCUCGCCGCGGGCCGCGGUGGAAGGAGCUGCUGGGGCUCAAGAGGGCGCACAGGAAGGGCGCCGCGUCCGCCGCCGACGCUCACGUGGAUCUUGCUGGAGACCAUGCUGCCGCAGAUGCAGGAGAGUGAACAAGCCAGCAGAGGCUGUCACUGAUGAGGCAUGUAACUGGAGCAUGGCAAAGUAACUCCUGAUGAGGCAAACUAGUACUUAAUUUGGCGUUGCAGAGAUGUAAUCCUAGCAUUGAUCUUUCAAAGUUCACCGUCGUCUAACUUUCCAUUUCUUUCACUGGUUUGGGAAGUAAGAAACCUAAGGCGCGGCCAUGUCCAUUCACCUAUUGGAUUCCUUUCUGGAGCGGAAAAGAAGAUCUUGGGCUUUCGAUGACCUUUUUUUUGGGGGGCUAGAAUUGAGUAAUGGCUACUGCUAGUAACUAGUGGGUGAAAUGAAACGUUGAGAUUACUUUCAGCUAGCUGAGUUCUAUAUUUUUCCCCUUCUUUGGUCUGGAGGGUCAAGUAGUGAUUGUACUUUUCUAGCUGGGGUGGUGUGUUUUCACUCUCAACCUGUACAAAUUAAAAUGUGUUUGUCCGUAGCUUUUGGAUUCAGUGAAAAGAAAAAGGGUAACGAAAAACGGGUUACCUGGUCCGAUUCAUCAAAGUGUUCAA